UCAGAGUUCACACACAGCUCCGGGAUCCAUUUCCCCCUCUGCCCCAACACGACAGUUCAGUUCCGUGGGCGUUUCGUGUGGGGCUGGGACCCCCGGCUCGCUGCAUGGCAUCACCUGGGACAUGCUGAAUCCUUAAGAUCCCUGCCCGGGGUCUGGCCAUGGCAACGCGGUGGCGGCUGUGUGUGUGCAGCCUGGGGAUCCUCCUCCUGGUGCCGUGUUCUCUCUCUGAGAAAUUCUCCCUGGCUGGCUCCCCGCGUCCCGUGGUGGGGGUAGUUGGCCGGGAUGUGGUGUUACCCUGCCAGCUCACACCCCCAGCCCGGCUUUUCGGCAUGGAAGUGCUGUGGAGGAAAAUUGAACCAGGAUUUGUUCUGAUUCAUGAGUACUCAGAUGAGGGUACCCAGGGCCUUCCAGGGGAGGGUUACCAGACGCGGACGGAGCUGUUCCCGCAGGAGUUCAGCAGCGGGAACGUCUCUCUGAAGCUGAAACGGCUCCAAGUGGCAGAUGCUGGGACAUACCAGUGCCUUGUGAGGAACUCAGAAUGGACCCAGGAAGCCACCACUGAGUUACAGGUCGCAGCUGUGGCUCCAGUGUUGAUUGAUGUGCUGGGCCCCCGGGGCCAAGGCAUCGGGCUGAUCUGUAGAACCGCAGGCUGGUUCCCCAAACCCGAACUCCAGUGGGUUGGCAAGAAUGGGCAGAACCUGGGGAUGGAGAUUGUGACCGACAUGACUCAGGAAAGGGAGAACCUGUAUAGUGUUGUGAGUCACGUCACUGUCACAGAAGGAGAAGACAAUGGAGACAUCAGCUGCAUAGUGCGGAAUGGCCUGCUGGUGACCGAGCGACAAUCGGCCAUUCAUCUCUCAGGUGACGUCUUCCCCCGUGUUUCUCCCUGGUGGGCUGCAUUCUGGGUGAUUUUCUCUCUGUUUCUCAUUGCUGCUGGAGCUUGUGCAUAUCUUGGAUACACAGCGAAACGAAAGGCCUCUCAGAAGAAACGCUCUAAAGAGGAGGCUAAAUUAUUUUAUGUGCCUGAACAAACUGAGAAGACGACCUUGGAAACAGAGUUCCAGGAGCUGCGUGAGAAGCUUGACAAGGCGAUCACACAGCUAGAGUUCAGGAGGGCUCGGAGCUACAUGGUCCUCAUCACCCUGGAUCCAGAUUACAAACACCCCGAACUCACCGCGUCUGCGGAUGGCAGAACAGUCCAGCACAACCCCCCAUCACCAGGGCUGGCUGCCCCCUCUGCGGCUCUGAUCGCCGUGGGGAGGGAGAGUUUUGUGGCCAGGAAGGAUCACAGUGGCGGUAGUGGAUUUUGCAGGGGGUACUGGGAGGUGGAGGUGGGGGACAGUCCGGACUGGGAGCUGGGGGUGCUGAGUGAGUCUGUGAGGGACAGAGUGAGACAGGAGAGGCUGGAGAAACUCCCUGAGGGGGGGUGCUGGGCUCUGGGGAGAUCUGGGGAGCGGUAUCACCCCAGUGAGGCCGACACAGUGAUCCAGAAGUGGGGUGUGAGGCUGACAGUGGUUGGGGUGUAUCUAGAUCUAGAAGGGGGGAGUCUCUCAUUUUAUAGUGUCAGUUCAAUGGCCCUUAUCCUGGAGAUUCCUGUGGAAACUUCUGAGAGAUUGUUCCCGUUCCUCAGCCCUGGGCACGCUGCAGGGAGGAAACCCCUCAGCAUCUGCCCCCCCAGCGACUGGGAUUUCCGCCAGGAAUUAAUGGUUAGUGGGUCUGUUAGUCAGGGAGAUCCAGGGGCAGGAAACAACACAGGGCCACCUGCAACGGGAGAAACAGCCCCAGCGCCUGGAGACAAGCAAGUGAAAGAAAACAGCGCAGGACCAACUGUGAGAGAAAAUGUCCAAAAGCUCCUGCCCACCAACUGGUUCUACAAGUUGUGGUAUGGGCAUAAAACAGAGCAGGAGCAUCCACAACUGCAAACAGCCCCCAAAGAGAAGGGGAAAAAGAAACAUCAAAAUCCUGAGGUCUGAACCCCUCCCGUGGGGCAAAGGGAAUCACACAGAGAAAAACGCUCAGAACUUGACAACCGAGGGGUCUCUGGAGAUGACUCUUGUUCCAGGGAUACCAGGGCCAGGAAAUAAGAUGGGGGAAUCAACCCAAGCGCCGACACCUGGGAAAGAACCUCGCCCCACAGGGAAUGCGGGGAAAUGGUGACACGUCAGAUUUUUCCUCCCCCUGAACUCAAAGGAAAACCGCAGCGAUUCGUGAUAACACUUUGACCCGACCCCCAGUUACAUCGGAAUGUGCUGAUUGGAGGGAACUGCGUUAACGCGACUGUUAAAUGUAGGAAAUUCAAUACACACCAGUCGAGGGAUGCAAAGGGGAAGGGUCUCGCAGUGGCACUGACUCACUCCCAUUGCAGAGACACACACACUGCUCCUGCCGGCCUCAGGCACAAGGCAGGGGCUUUACGGGAUUAAGGCAGGGGCUUUAGGGGCUGCAGCCCAGGGCCCCGGCUCAAGGGGGACCCCGCAAAAAUAAAUCACAGGGAGCGAUCUCUGGGGCGCUCAGGCUGCCUGCCCUGGCCCCACACUGCUCCGCUGCUGGCACGUCUCUGAGGCCUCUGGCCGGGGGGGAGGGAGAGGCGGUUCCACUCGCUGCCCUCGCGCUGCCCCCGGCCAAUGGGAGCUAUGGGGACAGCGCUUGCGGGCGUGGGCAGCGCAAGGAGACACACUGUCCUCCUCCCCCAAGGGGCGCACAGAGACGUACCAGCAGCCAGCCGCUUCUGGGAGCGGUGUGGGACUAUGGCAGGCAGACAGCCUGCCUGAGCCCUGCCGUGUUGCCAGCCAGGAGCCAUCUGUGGUAAGUGCCUCCCAGACGGAGCCUACACCUCACACCCCCUCCUGCACCCCAACCCCCUGCACCAGUCCGGAGCCCCCUCCUGUACCAAACUCCCUCCCAGACCCUG